CUCCGCGCUGCGGAGCGGAGGGAGCGGGGCGGCCGCUGCCGCCGCCCAGGAGAGCAGCCGGAGCCGCAGCUGCAGCUGCGCUGCCGUGGCCGGGCCGGCGGCAGGCAGCCUGUCCUGCAAUGACCCAGAGCACCUGAGGCCCAGCAGCCGUGGGGAUGGAGCUGAAGGUCUGGGUGGAUGGGAUCCAGAGGGUCGUGUGUGGAGUCUCAGAGCAAACCACCUGCCAAGAAGUGGUCAUCGCCCUGGCACGGGCCAUUGGUCAGACGGGCCGCUAUGUGCUGGUGCAGAAGCUGCGGGAGAAGGAGCGGCAGCUGCUGCCGCUGGAGUGUCCCUUGGAGUCACUGGCCAAGUGCGGGCAGUAUGCCAACGACGUGCAGUUCAUCCUACGGCGGACAGGCCCCAGCAUGGCUGAGCGGCCCUCCUCGGAGGGCGCUCCCCAAGCUCCUGAGAGGACGUUCAUCCGGGCCAGCUUGCCCAUCAAGCCCAGGCUCACCAGCAUAGAUGGACCCCGUUCCAGGGAGCCAAAAAAAUCCAUGACCUUCAGCCUGGGUCCUACAGGCUCCAGCGACCUGUUCACUGUGGGCCGAUGGAGGCACCAAACACGGGAUGGGAUAGACUUGGAGGGUGGUGGGAUUGUCCAGCCCUCCAAGGAGGAGCUUUUUAGGAGAGUGCUGCAGCAGCAGGAGCAGCUGCAUUCAUUGGAGGCCCAUGGGGACACCCUAGAAAUGGACCUACAGCUCUGGGAGCGCAGCCGGGUUGCCGGCCAGGAGAAUGAGAUUCUCUAUCUGGAGCAACUGGUGCGGAGGAAUGAGACGGAGCUGGGUGAGGAGGAGUUUUGGCAGAGUGAGCUCCGGCUGGAAAAGGAGUGCGAGCGGGAGCGGCAGGAGCGGGUUAGGAGCCUGCGGGCCAGCCUGGAGGAGUACACCCAGAGGAUAUAUGAGCUGAGUGUCCGGACUGAAGCCCUGCAGGAGGAGAUCCAAUGGGAGAUGGCUGAGAGGGCCAAGAGGGGGAAGGAGAUCUCUGUGCCCAGUCCCAUAGAGCUAGAGGACAUGGCCACCAAAAUGAAAAGGGACCUGGAGGCCAAGGUCAAGCAAGGCACCCAGCUGGAGAGCAACCUGGCCAGCGUGGAGAAGGCCCUGGAGGAAGCUGAAAAGAACCUGCAGGCCCAGACCCAAGAGCUGGAGGAGUUAAAUAAGGAGCUGAGGCAGUGUAAUUUGCAGCAGUUUAUUCAGCAGACGGGGGCCACGGUGACCGUCCUGCAGGCCAGGUCCGAGGAGGACGCCCAGCCGGAGCCGAGCCCGUGCGAGCUGCCAGCCUACCGGAGAAACGGAGGUUUUUCUCCCACCGCUGGCACCGACUCGCCUCCCCAGGUCAGCACCAAGCAGCUCCUCGGCCAUCCCAGGACCCUGCCGGAGCCCCUGGUGUCCAGCCUGAACCCCGAGGUUGUAUCAACCAGGCAGAGCAUCUGGAGGUAGAAGGGCCCAGGCAGUGGAGGAUCAAUUGCCUUCAAAGUGUAACUGUAUAAAUAAACCAUAUUAUAUAUAUAUAUAUAUAUUUUAUAUUUUUUUUUACUGCUUUAUAUUGUGAAUGGAUGUGGAUGGCCAGACAGAAUAUUUUUACAGACUUUAAAGUAAAACUAGAGACUGAGGACACAAAACAACCCUCUUCCCCUGAGGAUGAAAGCGACUCCCUUCUAAUUUUUUUUAAGCCAUUUCUAUAUUCAACAGAAAGCAGCAGUGCAUCCAUUCUGCACAGUCUUCUCAAAAGACCCAUCGUGCAUUUGGAAAAGUCCUUGUUCCUUUGACUAGGGGAGCGAAGCUGCAGUGGAGACCUGUGUGGAGGCUCACCUGGAUGGAGCAAGUUAACAGAUUUUACAGCAACUCGUCACAGCAAGCGGGGCCGUGACAAACAGCCUCUUCACUGGCUGCAGGGGAGGCACAAAAGCAGCUUUAAGACAAAUUUCUGGCCCCUCUUUUUUUAUGUAUAUUAUAAGAAACCUGUAGGAGAAACCCACUUUCUGUGGUGCCAUGGACCACGCUUCAAGACAGCACACAGCGGGAGCUUGUUUUUCUUAAAUCCAUUUAAUUUUUCAACUUCUUUUUAAAAUAAAAAAAUUGCAGAAUGAGCCCUUCCCCAGGGGUGAUGUGAGUGGGGAACAGGAACAAAAUACUCUUGGUGACAUUUCCCUGAUAUUUUAAUUUUUUUUUUUUUUACUUGAUGGCCAGUAGUUACCAUUUUGUUCAUCUGUCCCAGUGGGUUGCCUUGUAUUUUAAUUGCACAGCCAAAGCGGUUUGGGGAGGGGAUGAGUUCAUCGGGGAGAUCCCCGAGCCUGUUUUCAACGUAUUGUAUGCAAAAGAUGUGACUUGGGCUCAGCGUUCACCGUGAAACCCCGCUUCCUCUGUGCACAAAUGUAAAUCCUGUGCGCCGCAGAUCCAAUUUUCAAUAAAUCUUUGGGAAAGGAUUUGA